GGCUAAGAUGGCGGCUGUACGGCACAAGGGGCGGGCUAAGAUGGCGGCGCUCAGCAGCGUGUCCCGCUGAGGCGAUGGCGGCCCCCGGGCCGGUACCCGGUGAGGCGCUGCGGGCUGUGCUGCAGCCCAGCGCUCCGCUGCCCGCCGAGAGCCUCCCCGUACGCGGCUUCGACUUCUCGACGGGUCCCGACCUCGAGGCGCUGCUCCGCUCCUACCGCACCACCGGCUUCCAGGCCACCAGCUUCGCCCAGGCCGUGGCCGAGAUCCAGCGCAUGAUCACGGCGAAGCUGGAGCCGCUGAGCGCAGAGGAGCGGGCGCGGGCGGCACUGGGGGGGUCCCGGCCCCCCUCGGGCUGCACCAUCUUCUUGGGGUUCACCUCCAACCUGGUCAGCUCGGGCGUGAGGGAGAGCAUCCGCUACCUGGUGCAGCACAACAUGGUGGACGUGCUGGUGACGACGGCCGGAGGGGUCGAAGAGGAUCUGAUCAAGUGUUUGGCGCCCACCUACAUCGGCGACUUCAGCCUCCGCGGCCGCGACCUGCGCCAGCGCGGCAUCAACCGAAUCGGGAACCUCUUGGUGCCCAACGACAACUACUGCAAGUUCGAGGAUUGGCUGAUGCCCAUCUUGGAGCGGAUGGUGGAUGAGCAGGAGACGCAGGGCGUGAAGUGGACGCCGUCCAGGAUGGUGGCGCGUCUCGGCCGGGAGAUCAACGACCCCGACUCCAUCUGCUACUGGGCCCAGAAGAACCGGAUCCCGGUGCUGAGUCCGGCGCUCACCGACGGUUCUUUGGGCGAUAUGAUCUUCUUCCACUCCUACAAACGCCCGGGAUUGGUCCUCGACAUCGUGGACGACCUGCGCCUCAUCAACACUCAGGCUAUUUUCGCCCGCAAGACGGGGAUGAUCAUCCUUGGCGGAGGGCUCGUCAAGCACCACAUCGCCAACGCCAACCUCAUGCGCAACGGGGCCGAUUUCUCCGUCUACGUCAACACGGCGCAAGAGUUCGAUGGCUCCGACUCGGGCGCGAGGCCGGAUGAGGCCGUGUCCUGGGGAAAGAUCCGCAUGGACGCCACCCCCGUCAAGAUUUACGCCGACGCCUCCCUGGUUUUCCCGCUGCUGGUGGCCGAGACGUUCGCCCGGAGCGCGGCCGCGUUCCCCUCGGAGAUACCGGGAGACUGAGCCGCAGCGGAAUGAGGGGGUCCCUUUUUUUGGGGGGGGGGGGGGAAUCCCCUUAUUUUAUAGGGGCCCCCCCCGAUGCCUCUAUGGGGUUUCCCGCCUGGAUCUCGACGCCGGCAGAGCCCGAGAGCGAGCGGAAUGGCUUCCCAAGAUGGGAUUUGGGGGAGCUGGGACCCCCCUGUUGCCGUCCAUCUGUCCUCUGUGUCCCCCCCCGUGUCCUUUUGUCCCCCCACAUCCAUCCGUGUCCCCCCC